GACUGAGAGGGAGCUGCGGCCGGACAGCGGCGACCCUCCGUCCGAGGAACGAGCCUCCAACAGCUGCCAGAAGUCUGAAUUUGACAUGGACAAUCUCAGUAAACCAGAACUACUGACUCUCCUCAGCAUCCUUGAAGGAGAACUGGAAGCCAGAGAUCUGGUGAUAGAAACGUUAAGGUCUCGCCAAAAGGAUGUCUUUAUCCAGGAACGGUAUGGGAGGUUUAAUCUCAGCGAUCCUUUCCUGGCUCUCCAGAGAGACUAUGAAGCAGGUGGUGGUGAUGGCAGCAAAGAUAAGCCGUCCAUCUGCACCAGUCCCCUAUCCAUAUUGGAAAUAGUCAUGGGUCGCUGCAAAAAGAUGCAGGAGGGAAUGUCUGCACAGUUGGCUGCAGCUGAAAUUCGACAUCGAAAGGUCAUCUUGGACUUUGAAGAGGAGAGGCAUAAACAUGCCCAAGAUGCAGCCCAGGGAGAUGAUGUUACAUACAUGCUAGAGAAAGAGCGUGAGCGGCUUUUACAGCAGGUGGAGUUUGAGAAAUCUCAAUUAAAACAACUUGAGGCAGAGAAUAAAAAGUUGUCCAUGCAGUUUGAGGAAGAACGAAUCAAAAAUAAACAACUUGUAUUGAUGCUAGUAAAAGAGUGCAAACAGCUUGCUGGCAAAGUAGUAGAUGAAAGCCAGACACUUGCAGAGAUCACCAAAACUCUUGAUGAAGAGCAAAAGAAGACCAGUCAACUGGAGGAGGAAUUGAUGACUGAGAAAAAGAAGAGCCUACAGAUGGAGGCAAAAAUGGAAAAACAACUCUCUGAGUUUGACAUUGAAAGGGAACAGCUGCGUGCCAAACUUAACCGUGAGGAAAACCGCACCAAAGAUCUAAGAUUAGAAGUUGAAAGUUUCAAGAAAAUGAUUGAGCUUAAUUGUACAAAAGAAGAUGGAACUACUUCAUUGACCAGUAAUUUAAAUAAAGACAUGGCUAUUGGAUAUGGUAAGCAAACAGUGUUGUCCGUUGCUUCCCAAACAGAAACUUCUGUUGAUAUUGCCAGUGAAAAUAACACUAAGAAGACAACUUUAACAGUACCUGUGAAACCUUCUACCAUAAAUCCGCUAUCAGUGGGGAGCACAAAACUGAACAUGUCUAGCAAUACAGCAUUUGUAAAGCCAAUCAGUGAUAAACUACUAGCAACAAUUAAUUCAGAAGAGAUUGUAUCCACAACACAAACCAAAGUUGUUCCUUCCAGUUUGGAGAAUGGACCAUCAGUCAGCACCAGUCCUGGUCCUUUGUCUGGGGCAUUACCACACUUGGUGGGUGGUACAUCCCUUGUGCUAAGCAAUACUGUAGUUCCCUCUCCUCCUCCUUCAGGAACAUCAUCACCAUGCUCUUCACCAGGAGCAACUAUGCAGAGUUUAAGUUCACCAAGUACUUGCAUAACUUUGCAACCAGGAUUGAGCCCAAGGAUUCAGGCUGCUCGAUUUAAAUUUCAAGCACAAACUAUGGAUCAGGAAAAACAUGGCAGCGUUGUAACAGGAUCCCCAUCACGGGAUUUAUCUCCCACUAAUCGAGAUAAUUCUCCUGCCAAACAGCUGGCUCGGAACACUGUCAGCCAGGUUCUUUCAAGAUUCACGGGCCCACCAAGCAUAGUAAAGCCUCCAUGUAUAAACAGUGCAUCUUCGUUUGGCACAGAAAACCGAAAUCUUACUGUUAGUAACUUAAAACCUGGAUUGGCACAUCCAGCAGCAGUCGAGGGCUCAUCUUAUCCACAGGUUGUUGGUAAAAUUACCAGUUCUUUGAGUGUCUCCCCUGCUGGAUUAAAAUCUCCCACGGGUGCAAGAGUUGACCGAGGAAAUCCACCACCCAUUCCUCCCAAAAAACCAGGAUUGUCGCAGACUCCAUCUUCUCCUCAUCCACCAUUAAAAGUUUUUAUGGAUGGGAGUCGUUCCCCAACUGUUGGGUUUAAUACUCGGAUUGAAGGUAGAACCAUGGCCUCGUCCUCGUCCAGUCCACAUCCAGGAAUUAAGGGAGCUAACGAGGAGAUUCUUUCAAAGACAGCAUUGCCACAAUUGCCACCUAAGCCAGCAGUGGAUAUAGCAUCUACUGGCUGUGCCGUUCCUGCCGUGGCUGCAUCUCAGGUGGGUGCUCGGCCUUCCUUAUCCCCAGAACUGAACCAAACAGCAUGUUCAGAAUGUUCCCUCAUCAUCACCACCAUCGCCUCUCGCACCUCCAUUGACCUUGCUAGUACAACCAAAAGAACCUCAUCCAGUAGACCAUGUGACACAGACAAUCUACUGAUCACGUCAUCAGGCAGGUCUCCCUCCCUAAUUCCUUCGUUAAUGUCUGGUGGUCCUGUCCCCCUGGGUGGCAGGUCCACUCUGCUUCACCAAGCUGCUGCCCAGGGAAAUGUCACUUUAUUGUCAAUGCUGCUAAAUGAAGAUGGAAUUGAUAUUAAUCAUCCUGAUGAGGAAGGUUCGUCUGCCUUGUAUUCUGCUGCUAAAAAUGGAUAUACAGAAUCUGUAACAUUGCUGCUGACCUCAGGAGCACAGGUUGAUGCUGUUGGAAAGAAUUUAUUCACACCACUGUGUGCAGCUGCUGCACAGGGCCAUGUUGGGUGCACUGAAGUGCUUAUUGCUUAUGGUGCAAAUAUAAAUUAUGCUGCGGAAGGAGAUCAGACUCCCCUUUAUCUGUCAUGUAUAAAUGGACAUGUUGAAUGUACACUUACCUUAUUGGAAGCUGGAGCGGACUGUAGUAUAAUGACUGUUAAUGGCUGGGCACCCUUUCAUGCAGCUGUGAGCUCUGGUCACGUAGAUUGCCUAAAGCUUCUCAUGUAUCAUCAAGUAUCUGGGGACAGAAGGUUUGCUGAUGAUUCAGUGCACAAAUCGGGCUCCAUAGACCCUGAAUGUGCAGAAGGGAGCGAUAAAUCCACAGUGGAGCACAUGAUUUCAGCUGACCUAAUCAACCAUGCUGACAAAGAAGGUUGGACGGCUGCCCAUAUUGCAGCAUCUAAAGGUUUUAAGAAUUGCCUAGAAGUGCUGUGCUGCCACAAAGGCUUAGACCCAGAUAGAAAAGAUAAUUGUCAACGGACUGUGCACGAUGUGGCCACAGAUGACUGCAAACAUCUGCUGGAAAAUUGGAAUGCUCACAAGGUACUGCUGCAGAUUUCCAUGAAACAUAGUGAAAAGGUUUGUAGCAGUACAGAACAUAUUGAAAAUAAUAUUACAGUUGGCAGCCUGAUCAUCCGCAAACUGACUACCUGGGAUGACUUAUCUAAAGCUGUGACAGUGACACUUAAGAACCACUUCAAAACUGUCAUGAAUGGAUGGGAAUCAUCAGAGGCUUCAACAUUUCUGAAUAAUACUGAAUACAGCUUUAUUUCAAGUGGCAUAUCUGCUGUUGAGAUAGGUGAUGAAAUUUGGAAACCUGGACAAUUUUUGAUGUCCUCUCCUUGGUCACUGGUAAAUUGGAGCCAAAAUAACUUUGUUACAGUAUUCUUGAAUGGUCUGCAGGAAGGCUGUCUUGACAGCAUGGCUUAUGCCUCUCUUAUCCCUGUCUGUAUACUUCAGAACUACCUCAGGCUGGUUGAACAGUAUCAUAAUGUAAUUUUUCAUGGGCCAGUAGGAAGUUGCCAAGAUCAUAUCGCACAUCAAAUAGCAAACGGUAUUAAGCACAAGCAGGAAGCUGUUGGUUCCAGCUGUGAAAUUAUACAAAUUGAGAUGGAAGCAAAUUCAUCAAAGGACCAGCUGGUGGAGCUAUUUAUUCAAAGUGGUAUCCUGGUUCCUUUGAGACAGUCUGCUGUUACUGAAAAGGCUACUGUCGUCCUAAUAGAAAACUUGGAGACAGCUACUUCACUUUCAGAAUUUCUGGGUGAGCUACUGGAUGCGCUAGAAAACCGGGGUGCAGCAAACCCUUUCACUUUCCAACAUGUUGAUGGGACUUCAGAUACCUACUAUUUCCAAGAAAAUAGCUUUUUGAUAGGGACAAUGGCAAAGAUGAGACUUCAGAGUUCAGACUUGAUGGUGCAGCAACAUUUUCGAUGGGUUCAGCUUCGAUGGGAUGUGGAACCUAUUAGUGGAUUGCUUCAAAGGUUCCUGAAGAGACAAAUUAUUCACAAGUUCCAAGGACAGCUACCGCCUCCAACUGAUCCAACAUGUAAGGCUGUGCAGUGGGUAUGCACAGUCUGGCGCCAGCUGAAUUCCUACUUGUCUCGCUUAGGAACACCUGAGGCACUGAUGGGACCAAGAGAUUUCUUUUCCUGUCCAAUCUUACCAGGCCAGGUUCAGCCUAUAAUGAAAUGGAUGGCUAAUUUAUGGAAUAAUGUUAUUGCUCCAAGAGCAGAAGAAGCCAUACUUUCCAGAGCCUCAGCGAAGAGACAUUGUAGGCAAGGGCCACCUGUAAAUAAGAUCCUUAAUCAGGGUCAACAGGCUGUAGUCAAGGCUGCAUUGAGCAUUCUGCUCAAUAAAGCUGUGCUACAUGGCUGCUCUCUUUCCAGACAAGAGUUCGAACAAUAUGCACCAGAAUUCCAAGGAUGGAGUUUUCCUUUAACCAUGAUAUCCAAUUACAAAACCAGCAAGAAAGUUGACAGCAAUGCUUGGAGAAAAGUGAGCACUGGCCCCCGCAAGAAGUCUGCCCAUUCAGUGUCUCAGUCAUGGAACAAGUUUGAAGGGCAAAGAGAAGGUAUUCAGAUAAUGCCAGAAUUGCCAAAAAGCCUCAACAAGUUGAACACACAGGUGAAAUUGCAUUCCCUAGAUAGUGGUCCACUGAAGACUGCAGAUCUAGAACAAGGGUUGUCUCUAUACACCAAUCAAGAUAUUGACAUAAUCGAGGAGCUCCAGAGUAUGUGCUUAAGCAAAUCUGAGUCUGAUAUAAGCAAGAUCGACAUGUCAAGGGAUCUUCUAUUUCUGAUUCCUGAGUCUCAGAGUGAUCAGCCAUCCCUAAAGAUGCUAAAAGAUCAUCAUGCUGCUCAGUUACCAGCACCACAGGUUCCUGACUGUACUUUAAAAAAUGGCGCACCCAUGUCAAAUAGCAGCAUUAAAAAAGCGAGCAAAUCAGACAGCUCAAGAGUGAAGUCACAUCUACCUGUACUUCUGAAUACCACACACCGUAUUCACCGCAGCAACAGUAAUACAAGGCAUUUAGAAUCAAAUAACAAUACAACCAAGGAGGUUUGGAACCUCUGCAAAACUCUACAUGAAGCCAAUAAAAAAUAAGAAUAUAAUUAUGUUUGACGGCUUUUUCACAAAGUCUUCAAUUUAACAAUAUACGUAUGAACCACAGAUCUGUAAUAUAUUAAACAAAAUGUAAAGUUUUUCUUUAUUGCUAUAUGUUUAUUUGGUACCACAGUGACUAUAUAUUGAAUGUUGUUAGUGCUAUGACAAAGCACGAGUUUUUAGUUGUUGCCUUUCAGUUUUAUUGAAUACUUGGGUUGUGUACCUACAAAUGGCUGUUUUUUGCCAAGAGAAGAGAGAAUUUAUACAGAAAGCAAAUGGUUUGUUGCACAUAUAAACAUUUGCAAUUGUUGUUAAUACAUUGUUGUUAUUCAGGGUUUUUCCACAGAAGUAUAUAUAUUAUGAAGUGAGAAGAACCAUGUGGUACAUAGCUCGUAUCCAUGGCAUGAUAUGUACAGUAUACACAAAUGUAUUUACAUUUUUAAUAUAAUAAAACAUCUUUUCAUUGGAUGUUAUUCAGUGAAUAGAAUGUGGCAAUAAAUGUCAAUGAAAAUGCUGAUUUUCCUUCAAAACAAGAAGCCAUAUUAAAUGUUUUAAUG